AUGUCUGAUCUGAAAGUUGCCCUUAUCACCGGCGGAACAAGCGGGAUUGGCCUCGCCGUCGCUGAAGAGCUCAGCAAAACAGGAAAGUGGCAAGUCAACAUCAUCGGCAGUAGCCAAGAGCGAGGCGAAAAAGCAACAGCAGCACUCUCCAACACAAAGUUCUACCAAGCCGAUGUGCGCAAAUAUCAAAAAUUAGCCACCGUCUUCGACCAGAUCUUCAGUGGCUCCCGUCGACUGGAUUUUGUCUUUGCAAACGCCGGAGCUGCUGAAUACACCGACUUCUUUCCUCCCACCUCUGAGACUGGGAUCCCACCUGAGCCUGAUGUCAGCAUUGUCGAUGUCAAUCUCAAGGGUGUUUUGUACACCAGUUACCUAGCAAUUCAUUAUUUCCGACAAUCUCCGGAAGAGACUAAGGGCGAACGAGAUUUGAUUUUGACGUCUAGCAUUGGAGGUCUUUAUCCUUGUGUGCUAACGCCGGUUUAUUCGGCCACCAAACAUGCGCUGACUGGAUUUACUCGCUCAAUUGGAGCGAGGUUCUGGCUUGAAGGAGUCCGUGUGAAUGCUCUAUGCCCUGGAGUGGUGGAAACGCCUCUUUUGACUGACAAUGGAAACUUUCCGGAUAUUUUCCCGAGAGAUGUGUUCAUCCCAAUCAGCUUCGUCACUGGCGUGGUCACAAAGAUGAUCUCUGGGCAAGAGAUGGUGGACGGGAAGGGGGUGAGCGUGCCCGGCGAUGAGCUGUAUGCACGGGCGGUCCACGUCUCAGUGAAUAAAUUCUUUUUUGUUGAGAAGCCGGAGCUCUAUGAUGAAGUAUCGGAGAAGACUUGGGGUGCUAUGAUGGGCGCGAAUCUUUCCCCUGAUAUGCUUGCCAAUCUCUGA